CGCCACGAGAGGCUGACCUGAUCGGCCUGGCAAGCAACCAGCUGACGCUUCCUCACCACUCAACUCUCGCCCGCCCGUUCAGCCAUCCCCGCCAUCCUCCCCCCCAGCCGCGACUCUGCGACCUCAAUCCAUCAUCCGCCUAGAAGCGAGCGCUCGCUCAUCCCAUCCCUGACUAUCCCUCGUGCUGCUGCGACGGACGGACCAUGGCACCGGCUGCUUGAUCGCUUCUCCCUGCAUCGAGCGACAGACAUCAUCGUCAUCCCACCACCACGAACCAUGCCGUCCAAAACGGCCAACGGCUCCUCCUCGGGCGGCGGCCAGGUGAGCCACAGGCUGCGCAACUUCUUCCGCAUAAGCAGCACCGCCAGCAGUGGAAGCAGCGACAAGGACAAGGAAAAGGAUAAGGCCAGCAGCUCCUCGACGGGCAAUGGGCUCUCUCUCAAUACGGGCAGCACCGCUGGCGGUGGUGGCGAGCUACCCGGCCCCAAGCCCUUCCGUCACACAAAGUUCUUCAGCAACACCGUCGGCCGCCUGCGCGCCCACACCGUCGCCAGCGAGGGCAAUCAGAUCGAGGAGGCCCUGAGCCCCACGGCCCACGCGAACCCCUACUUCGCUCACCAGGGCCAGCCCGGCCUGCGACACCACAACGACGGCUCCGUGCCCCCGAGCCCCCCCGACACGCCGCAAUUGAAGAUCUCCGGCCCGGAUGGAGCCGCCGCCGCCAACGAGCAGGCCACCAACGAGACCAAGGAGGAGCUGGCCCGCCGGUUACGCAGAGUUGCUAGUGCCCCCAAUGCCCAGGGCCUCUUCGCAAAGGACGAGGCCAAGGCCGCCGCCGACGGUGCCGACGGCCACCGCCCGGCCACCGCGGAGCUGGGCAAGGACCCUCUGGUCCAGAACGCCGAGUCGGGCUCUGUCGGUCUCAUGGAGCAAAAGGUUGAGGCAGCCAAGGCCAAGUCCCUCGGCCUUCCCACCGAGGACAUCCUGGCCGCCCUCCCGGCCCCCCACACGGCCCUGGCCUUCCGCAGGACCUACAGCUCCAACUCCAUCAAGGUCCGCAACGUCGAGGUUGGGCCGUCGAGCUUCGACAAGAUUAAGCUCAUCGGCAAGGGCGACGUCGGCAAGGUCUACUUGGUGAGGGAGAAGAAGAGCAGCAGGCUAUAUGCCAUGAAGGUUUUGAGCAAGAAGGAAAUGAUCAAGCGCAACAAGAUCAAGCGAGCCCUCGCCGAGCAGGAGAUCCUGGCCACGAGCAACCACCCGUUCAUCGUCACCCUAUACCACUCCUUCCAGUCCGAGGACCAUCUUUACCUAUGUAUGGAAUACUGCAGCGGCGGGGAGUUCUUUAGAGCUCUCCAGACCCGUCCGGGAAAGUGUAUCCCCGAGGAUGACGCCCGAUUUUACGCCGCCGAGGUGACCGCGGCGCUCGAAUAUCUCCACCUUAUGGGCUUCAUCUACAGGGACCUCAAGCCCGAGAACAUCUUACUUCACCAGUCCGGCCACAUCAUGCUUUCGGACUUUGAUCUCUCGAAGCAGUCGGACCCAGGCGGCAAGCCGACCAUGAUUAUCGGCAAAAACGGCUCGAGAGCGGACGCCCUGCCCCAGGUCGACACGCGGUCCUGCAUUGCCAAUUUCAGGACCAACUCCUUCGUUGGUACCGAAGAAUACAUUGCCCCCGAGGUUAUCAAGGGCAGCGGACACACGAGCGCUGUCGACUGGUGGACGCUGGGCAUUCUCAUUUACGAGAUGCUUUACGGCACCACCCCUUUCAAGGGCAAGAAUAGGAAUGCGACGUUUGCAAACAUCCUGCGCGAGGACAUUCCCUUCCCCGAUCACGCUGGGGCACCCCAGAUUUCCAAUCUCUGCAAAGCAUUGAUUAGGAAGCUGCUGAUCAAGGACGAGAACCGCCGGCUGGGCGCGCGAGCGGGCGCCUCCGACAUCAAGGCGCACGCGUUCUUUCGCUCUACGCAGUGGGCGCUGAUCCGCCACAUGAAGCCGCCAAUCGUCCCCCACCCUGGCCGAGGCAUCGACACCGUCAACUUCCGCAACGUCAAGGAAAGCGAGAGCGUGGACAUUAGUGGCUCCAAGCUCAAGGGAGUGCCGCUGGACAGCGGUUUGGCGACUCCCGGAGCCGAAAUCGAAGACCCGUUUGUCGACUUCAACAGCGUGACGCUCCACCACGACGGCGAUGACCACCACCACCACCAUCAGCACAUCAAUCCCCGGCACAUCAGCGCCUCGUCAUAGGCUGGCGAUUUACUUGCGCGAGACAGUGGAGUCGCAGGAUCCGGACACGGCCUGGCGCAGUGUCUCUCCGUUUGAAACCACGAUUCUGCGCAUGCACCGACGACGCUCGUCGCUCUCCGCCUCCUCCGAGGAGCCGGCAUCUUUUUUUUUUCAUGUCUCGCAAACUGCAUUUAUGGCAUCGCGAAGCUCUCAUUCCCUUGGAGCCAUGGUCACGCGCAGCGGGCGGCAAUGGGGUGGCCGGGGUGUUGAAGCCCUCUGAUGAUGGUUCUGUUUUGGCGUCGCGCGGACGAACGACGGGGACGCCUCGAUUGUCUUGUCCGGUAUGGCUCAUGUUUUUUCCUUUCAAAAGCGGCGUCACAUUUGGUUCGGCGUUUAAAGGGUCGGGGAGGGAAGAGCAAGUUUGAUGUAAACUGUCUGUCACCAGUCCAUGAGAGAUUACGUCGGAACUACAAUAGAGCCAAGGAUACUUUGUGCGAAUACGACAUGCUUAGCUUUUUUUUUUUGACGGCGGACGCCCCACCAUGAAGUAUCCCGUGAGGAGAUGCGAACAAGCGAGCAAAGGUUGCUGCUGUCACAGCACUCGUGAUCCCUGGGCGUCUCGUUGCGUUGUACGCACGAUGCUGUCUCAACCCCUUUUUCCCUACCGCC